AUGAAUAAAAAUAAAGUAUGUUUUUUUCAAAUUUUUACAUUUCUAAUAGUAUAUGUAAAAUGUGUAUAUAGUACUAACAUUCCUUUUUCUUCGAAUGAGAAAAAGGAACUAAAUUUAUUCAAAGACAUUUUAUUUGAUAAUAAAAAUGAUAUAGAACAUUAUUUUUUUCUAAAUGAAUUAGUAUUAAAAUUAAAAGAUGCAUUUAAUAUACCUAACUAUGACUUAGAUGCAAAUGAGACAAGUAUAGAAUCUUUUGAAAGUAUAUGCGAUUCUUUAAAGGAAUUAUAUAUUGAAAUAUUAAGAAACUUUGUAUAUAAUGAAAAUAAUGAUCAAAAAAAAGAUUUAACAAAAUACUCUAAUAUAUUAAAAAAAUUUCUUAAAAAAAUUUAUUACUUAUUAAGUGACAAGAAAAGAGAUGAUAUUAAUAUUGAUAAUGAUACUUUAAGAAUUUUAAUUAUUAGAUUUUUAUCUUCUAUGAAUAAUAUAAAAAAUAAUUCAUUAAAAGAUAAAAAUGUUUUAAAACUUAGUAAGGUUAUAGUAACAAAUUAUGCAUUAUAUAUUGCAAAUCAAAAUAAAGAUAUCAAAGAUGUUAAUGAAGAUACGAAUAAUGGUUCUGAAACUAUCCUCACAGAUAACAACUUAAAUGUCUACAAAAAAAAUAUUUUAAUUCAUUUUUCUCAUAACACAAAACUAAAAAUUUUUUUUUCAAAUAUUAAUACAUUGAGUGAUUUAACAAAAAUGUUUUAUAAGUUUUAUACACAUUUUACAAAUAAAAAAGUGAUAGAAAAAGAAGUAAAUUCUAUAAAAACAAUAUAUUUAAUAGAUGAAAUAUUGAAAAUUAUUAGAUAUAUUAACACUUAUAUAAAGGAUAAUGGUAUAGAAGGUAUUUUAAACUCAAACAAUUUUUGUAUCAAUAUUCAAAACUCUUUUAAAAAUAUAUGUGAAAUUAUGCCAGAAGAAUUGCAAAUUGGCGAAUCUAAAUAUAAUGUAAUAGAAAAAUUAACAAUAGGAUUUUUUGACAUUUUAAAAGAUAUAUAUAAAGAUAAUAAAUAUUAUAUAAAUUUAAUAAAUAAAGAAAAAACGAAUAUCAAAAGAUACAAAGAAAAUUAUAUGGAUGGAUUUGAAGAGAAUAAAAAAUUGAAAUUAAUAAAACAUAUAGAUUCAAAUGAAUUUAUUGCAGUCUUUAACUUAUCCAAUGAAAUGCUUUGUAUUGAUCAACAGCAUUUUACAAAUAUUAAAAAGUUGCAACACAUUCUAAUAAUGUGCCUAAAAUCAGAAAAAAAAAAACAUAUUUUAGAUAAUAUAGGAAUAGAAAAUAUAAAAUUUUUGUUAUUUGAGUAUUUUAAGAAAGAAAUAUAUAAUAAUUUAAAGCUUUUUUUUCAGUUCAUUAAAAAGAAUUUUGAUUAUCUUAAUAAAACAAUAUAUGUAGAAAAAAAAAGAUAUAAAUUAUCACCAAAAGAUUACAUUGAAAAUGAUAAAUUAUUAGAUUUACUAGAAAAAGUAAUGAAUUUUGAUAAAAGAAAUAAUGCUAUAUAUCUUGAAAAAUUAUAUCAAUUUAAAAAUAUAAUGGAAUGUUUUUAUGUAUCUAUAUCAAUGAAUUUAGAAAAUGAAAAAAAUCCAAUAGUUUUAUAUAUGAAAAUGAAUGAUAAUAACAAUUAUAUUAGCAUAAAAAUAGAUAAUAAUGUACUAGAAAACAAUGAUAAUAAUAAUGAAAAAAAAAAAUUCCUAUAUAGAGAUAAUAUGCAAGAUUUUCAAAAUUUAUUAAAUACAUCAGAAAUAAACAGCUCAUUUAUUCAGAUCCCACAAAUUUACAAAAUUCCAUUGUAUCAAUUUACUAAUAUAUGUGAUAAACGCAAAGAAAAAUCUCCAUCUGGUAAUUGGAUUCGCUAUUUUUCUGAAUAUAAUGAAACAUUGUGUCUUAUAUUGUCGAAUGAUAAAUCAACUGGAUUAUUUCCAGCUUUAGUAAGAUCAUUAAUAAUGAAUAAAAUAGAUAAAAAUAUAAUUUUAAACAAUAUUAUUUCAGAAUAUAAACAUUUCCUUCAAUGGUAUUUUACUAAUAUAAAAUCAAAAAAAGAAAAAUAUUUAAAUGUUGGCGAUUUAUCCAUUUUUUCUACUAUGUAUAAAUUUAAGUAUUUUCCUAAAUACUCCAGUAGUUUUUCCAGUAUACAUAUAGAAUCAAUUUUUCCAUCUUAUAUUAAAGAUGAAUUAGAAGAAUUCAAUUUUUUAAAAAAUGAACCUAAUGAUUUAGAUAGAAAAGGAAGAGAUAUAGAAAAAAGUAAAUCACAGAUACUUGAUGAUUUUUUUUCUGAUAAUCCAUCUGCUCCUCCUCCUUCUCCAUCUGAUUUUAACUCUUCAACUCCUUUUUUUAGAUACUCUAAACCAUCUGCCGUUCCUCUUUCUGCAUCUUUUAAUAAAUCAAAACCCAUUUCUAAAAGGUAUCUUAAUCCGAAUACUUCUCCUCUUCCACCAUCUGAUGAUUACCUUGAUUUUUUAACUCCACUUUCCUUUGAAUAUGAUAAUUCAUCUGAUUUUAUUCCUACCCCUUCUACAUCUACCGCUUCUACAUAUACCUCUUCUACUUUUACUGAUUCUAUUCCUUCCUUACCUACUGUUACAUCAACUUUUUUGUCUGAAGAUAUUUCAUCCAUUGCUCCAUAUAGUUCUUUUGAUUCUCCAUAUUUUUCUCAUUCUCCUAGAUCUCAAUUCAAAUUCAUUCGUCCAUAUGAUAUCCCUCCUUCCUCAAAUAAUUCUCUCUAUACAUCUAUACAUACUACUCCGACUAAUACUACUAUUUCUACUCCUAUUAAUACGAAUUCUCCUGAUUCUAUUUUGACUGAUACACCCAUUAGUACUAAUACACCUACUACUGAUACUAUUUUUUCAACUCCAUAUUAUCCUUCAGAUUCUAAUGUUACUAAUACUACUAAUUUGAAUGAAUCACAUUUUGAAAGAUAUAAAAAAAUACCGAAGCAUAGAUCUUCAAUAAGAGCUUAUAAAGUUGCAAGAAAAAGCAAAGAAAAAGCAAGAAAAUUAAAGGAUAUAGGAAAGACGCAAAAAAGAGAAAAAAAUUCACGUAAUACCCUUAAACCUAUAAAGUCUGCAAGUUUUGAAUCUAUGAUGAAUGAAUUUGCUGAUAAAUUUAAGAAAAUAGUUAGUACUAGUCAUAAGAAAAAAAAUGAACCUAUAGAAACUGAAAUAGAACCUUCAAAAGAUAUGGGAGAUAAUGAAAAUAUAGGAAAAACUAAAUUGAAAGUGGGAAAAAAUAAAGUUACGUUUAAAUUAGAUGAUUCAGAAAUAAAUAGUUCAAAAGAACCUGCAAGUAAUGAAGAAAAUAAAGAUAGUUUUCAAUUCCCAAAAGAGACCGUUUUAGCAGAUGUACAUUCAUAUGUAGAUGUAGAUCCAGGUUUUAAUUAUGAAGUACAUAUAUAUGAAAAUAUUGAUGGAAAAUAUGAAGAUAUUUUAAAAGAUGUAGAUAAAGAUGGAUUUAGAACAUACGAACAAUUGGUUAUAUCAGAAUUAUUAUUACCGGAAGGUAUUGAUAUAAAUGAGAUAUCUCCUUCAGAAAGAGAGAAAAUUCUUCAUGAAUCUGAAAGUAAUCAUAAAUCUAUAGUUGUAGGAAUCCAAUUAUGUAAUUUUCCGUAUCAAGUGGGAGACUUUAUAAAAUUAUACGAUAUGGAAGACAUGAUAAAACAUAUAACAAAAUUGCUUGAUGAAAGUAAUAAAAAUACAUAUUUUAUUUUAAAAAGUAAUUCUUACCUUAAAAACAUAAAAAGAGAUGAUGGAGUUAUUACAAAAAGUGUUAGAUGUAUUUCAAAAAAUAAUGCUAUAAGCGCAUAUUCUAUAUGGAAUAAUGAAUUUCACAUAUCUAAUUAUGGAAUGAUUUUAAAAACUCAAACAUUAGAGGAAAAGGCUUUAGCUUAUUAUAUUGAAAGAAUAUAUAUGGGAUCAAAUAGUUAUUUAUAUAAUGAUGACGUAAAAGCUUUACAAGAUAUGCUUAAAGUUGGCUUCAUUAUUUUUGAAGAUGGAGAACAUAUAUUAAAUGAAGGAUCUUCUAUUUAUGGCAAUUAUAAAAAUUUUCUAUUAUUAUAUUAUUUAAAUGAAUAUAAUAUUUUUUUAGCAAACCAUAUUGAAUUACAUGAUAAAAAGGAAAUUUGCCAUACUGGUUAUGAAGCUAAAGAUUUACCAGAUUCUUUAAAAAGUUUGAUGAGCUAA